AUGUGGAACGUUCUGCUGCUGCUGCUGUUCGCUGUUCUCAGAGUCAGUGAAUGCAGCGUUCAGAUCGUUGGCUUCAGAGGUCAGAGCGUCACUCUGCCAUGUUCCUAUGACAUCUACCAUCAUGGUGCUCUGUCAGUCUGCUGGGGUCGAGGAGAUUUACCAAACAGCGGCUGCAACAGGCAGAUCAUCGCCUUAGAUGGACAGACAGUAAGAAAAAACACCAGACUGUCCAGUAGGUAUCAGCUACUGGGACCACUGGACCAAGGAGACGUUUCUCUGACCAUACUGAACCUCAAAGAUGAGGAUGCUGGACGGUAUGGAUGCAGGGUGGAGGUGACAGGGUGGUUCAAUGAUGAAAAAUAUCACAUCGAUUUGGUGAUUAAUCAAGGUUUCACCCACCGUCCAACCACAACAGCCAUAACUGUAAUGACAGGAAGUGAUGUUUCCGGUGUCAAACUCACAGAAGUCACAGGAACCCAGCAGAAAUGGAGUACAGCUGCACAGCAGGAUAACUCUGAACACAGAAUCAUAACAAAUGCAGUCAAACUGUCCUUCAUCCUCAUGGCUGUAGUCAUGAUGGCUGCUGUUUACGGAGUGUGGAGGUGUAAACACAGAGCAGAGAACCAAUCAGAGGAGGAGAACCGCUCAGUGUAGACUCCACAGAGAAACUAUACACAUGUAUGCGUAAGAUGUGUUUUUACUUUCCUUAAAGAUACAGGUAUCUAUUUCAGUAAAAUAAUCCAUGUAGUAAUGAAAUUAAUGUAGCCAGUGGUAUUUACAUAUAGAUUGUUCACCUUAUUAUUGACCUGUGAACAUAGUUUAAUAUUACAGCAGAAUAAGAUUAACAGUGUUUAAAACAAAUUAACAGAUUUAUCUCAAACUCAAUAUGAAUAAAAAGUGUUGUGUUUUGAUAAAUACAGGGUGACCCAAAAAAACGGGAAUUUUUGAAGUGCGUAUUGGCAGACAUGAGCAAAUGGCAGCACUGCGAGACAGUGACCUUGAG